UAAUCACACUGGAGCACACAAACUGAAACGAGCUCUCCGCCUCCACAGUGAUGACAUUUAUCACUCGGUUCAGACUUUUCCUUUUCUUUCACUCCCCAAAAAAGUGGAGCCCUUACACGACACACCCACAGGUAAGGAAUUCCUUUGCACGUCAUUCGCACUGACCUGUCAGAAAGAACCUUGGAGCCCAGCGAGAAUUGCCAAAAAGAAGCAGGAGAGUUUCAGAGAGGACCAGUGAAGGGACAACAAUGGAAGAUCACCCAAAAACUCCACAAAGUGGUAAUUUUGAGCUUUUUGCAACACCGGUCAAAACUCCCACAGGGACCAGCAGGCUGCUCCGAUACGGAGCUGUGGCUCUCUCCGUCGGUGCCCUGUUGAUACUCUGUGCCUCAAUAGCCGCUCUCCUCCUGAGGAAGGAAAAUGAGAAGAAUGUAUACAGCGCUCAUUACAGCAUGAACAUCAACGGGGAGGUGAGGGAAGGCUCUGUAGAAAUUGAUUCCGACGACAAUGUGGAGACGUUCAAAACGGGCAGCGGAGACCAGGAGGCCGUGGAGGUUCGGGAUUUUCAAAGCGGAAUAACUGCAAUCCGAUUCUUCAGGGGAGACAAGUGUUAUAUAAAAUCCCAAAUCAAAGGCAACCUUCCUCGCUUGGGAGCUCACAACAAAGACUCACUGAUGUCUGACCUGACGGAUGAAGACAUGCCAGUGAGGUUUGAUGAAGAGUUCCUCAUCUGGGUUUCUUCAGAACAGCCGCUGAAGGACAUCUCUUUCUUGAGCCCCAAGAUUCUGGCUCUGUGCAGAGAGCUACCUAUUUACUGGCUCCAACCGCUCGUUCCCAAAGAUGGGGUGAGGAGGAAGAGAAGGAGGAGGGACUCACAGCGGGCCAAGCGGCAGACCCGUGUGGAGUUGUCGGAGGUGACGAGAAAGGAAGACUCCUCCAGGUUGGGGGAACGGCGAAGAGAAGAGGGGCUUCAGUCGGAUGUGGGAUCGGGAUUCAACCCUGAGAAUCCGUAUCAUCGUGGCGGAGGUGCUGGGGCGGUAGCCGGCGCCGGCGAAGAAGGCGGCAUGACCUUUGACUCCAUGUUGGACCACCAGGGGAUCUGCUGCGCCGAGUGCCAGCGCAGCUACACGCACUGUCAGCGAAUAUGCGAGCCGCUGCGCGGUCACUGGCCGUGGCCGUACAACUACAGAGGAUGUCAGGUAGCUUGCAGAGUUAUUAUGCCUUGUCGCUGGUGGGUAGCACGCAUUUUAGGCAUCGUGUAGGCGCGCACGCAAACUGCCCUAAAGGUCCUUUAACUUUUUGCUUGUGUGCAGCUACACUUUCUUUUUCAGUUAGACUGUUAACUUACUUGCAGAGAACUACUUGCGAAUUUGACUCCCUGGUUUUUAAAAUGAUGAGAUUGGGCCUGAAAAAUCAGCAAGUUUUGCAUUUGUGUAUGCAACCCUAAAAUCUCUAGUGCACCCAUCUUCUCAUGUUUGGGGAAUAAAUCUAUUGUAAGAAUGCCCGGACUUGUGUACUGUUCAUGUCCACUGUCCAUUUAUGAGGAUUCUCCCAUCCGUAUUGAAAAUAACUGAACAAACACCACAGAGGUGUGAUUCACAGACAUCCCAGGCAUCCUGGAAAUCCUAGAAACAAGGAUUUUUUUAGACUUGUCAAUGUCAUAGAAAUGCAUGAAAAAGAUUAAGCACACUUGGAAUUUUAAAAAUGCUUUGUCGAGCUGAUGUGUAAGUCAAUUGGUACAAUCUGGCUGCUUAAGCUCCAAAUAAAUUUUAAGGAGAACAGGUUUUUUUCUGGUACUAUCAAUAGAAAAAAGGGUUUUGCCUUCUGUUCACGAUGUACAUCAGUGCCCCUAAACCUUUUGCAUCACUUAUGCUAGGUUCAUACUCCAGGUCUUAAUGCACAACUCGACUUUUUGUCACAUUGUUUUUUUUUGUUUUUUUUUUGCCCGUUUAGACAGCCUUUGUCCAUUGAACCUCUUCAAGUAUUACCCAUCCACACUAAUUCGCUGUCCGACACGCGCUGAGCAAACUCACCCACAUGCGCAGAAGCAUUAAAAAAAAUGACUACACAUGCUGGCUGUACGUUUGCAUGGUGAUCAUAUUUUGAUUUCCAAAAAGAGGACACAAAUAACAGACAUUAAUAAUCCCCGUUUAGUCUUAUAUUCAAAGUUAACAUGGAUUGAUAGAACGCAUGCAUCCACUGUGUGUACGUGACUCACACACAUAAGUCAGUUUGCCUCGACUCGGCCAUGUAAGCAAUACUGAAGUAUUAAUAUUAGGCACACAGAAAGAAAACCGACCACUAUCAGGCUUAUCCUUUUCUUCAUAUUAUUUUUUAUGGCUGUGGUCAAGUCCGUUAGCUAGGCGCAAACGCUAAUGCAGAGCUAUCGCUGCUGUCCUGCCUGCAGCUCUUGCUCUUUGCUGACGUAAUUGCUGCAUGAAUUCUGAUUUGGG